AUGGCUAGGGCAAAUGGGUGGAGUUGCUCUAACAAGGAAGCAAAUUGCUAUGUCGCGGGCGAGUUUGCCACUUUACGACUUACAAGUGUAACUCCUAAGAGCAUUUCCACUGCACCCCCCAGUCCGAGCAAGAGGAGGCCUAGGUCCGUGAAGUCGUUUCUAGCUGUACAAAACAGCCCAGGCAAGGCAUGGGCUCCACUAAACCCUAGAAGGCCAAAAGCCAAGAACAACCCGAACUGUUGUCUAAGGGCUGUGACGUUAGUGACGACGUCAGCAACCAAAAAAUAA